GUAUAUUCAUAUAUGAAUGCGAUGUAUAUAGUUGGUUGUCAAAUAGUCGUGAUAAAAUAUUUCCGAUUUUACUGGAGUGUUGAGUAUGCUUUAAGUGAUAAAUUGUGAGGAAAAAUUGAGCUAAACCACGAUAAAAUGGCUCAACAUCCACUCCUGAUGCGCGUUGUGGCGCUGUCCAUAAAUGCGGCAAAUAGAGCGGGCGAAAUUAUUCGUGAGGUGAUGAACAAAGGCGAGCUUGGAAUUGUUGACAAGGGCAAAGAUGACUUGCAAACGGAGGCAGACAGAUCAGCCCAGCGAUGCAUUGUGGCGUCGCUGAGCAAUCACUUCCCGAAGGUGAAGGUGAUUGGCGAGGAGGGCAAUAUUGACUUGAAGAUUCCGCAGGAGUGGCUCACGAACGAGGCUGACCAGGACUUCUUGCGGAACAAGUGUCCAGAUUCGCUUAGCAACGUCUCCGAAGACGACCUCGUGAUCUGGGUGGAUCCUCUGGACGGCACUUCCGAGUACACGCAAGGCUUCCUCGAGCACGUCACGGUCUUGAUUGGCGUGUCGGUGAACGAGCGGGCCGUGGGCGGCGUGAUUCACCAGCCGUACUUCAAGACGGACACAGGGAAGAUCGGACGCACCAUUUGGGGUGUGAAGGAGUUGGGAAUUGGCGGCAUAAAUCCCGCCGCGCUGCCAGAGAACAAAUUCAUCGUGACGACAACGAGAUCACACUCAAAUGCUCUGGUGCAGAGCGCCCUGGACGCCCUGACGCCCGACGAGGUGCUGCGCGUGGGCGGCGCCGGAUACAAGAUCAUCCAGCUGCUGGAGGGAAAGGCUCACGCGUACGUCUUCGCGAGCGCGGGCUGCAAGAAGUGGGACACUUGUGCCCCAGAGGCUGUCCUGGAGGCGAACGGUGGCACGCUCACGGACAUGAUGGGCAAUCACUACUUGUACGGCAAGGGUGUGUCCUUUCCCAACAAGGGCGGCGUGCUAGCGACAGCCAAAGGAGUCAACUAUCUAGAUGUUCUAAACAAAAUUCCUGCUCAUAUAAAAGAGGAAAUAUCGAAGAAGUUGUAAAGCAACAUUGUCAGCGUUCUGCAUUUAAAUAAAUGACAAUAUCCUACGGAUAUAUAUUACUCGCUUUUUAGUCUAAUCAACAGCAAAUACAGAAGACAGAACAUGAA